ACAAAUGUUAAAUGUAAUGCAAGUGAGGUACAAUUAAUAUACAACAAAAUCAAAGUAGAAUAUUGGUGUUUUUUUAAAAUAAUUCAGGGUAAAAAGCAACCAUAAAACAUGAACUAUGUUGGAAGAUUUCUCAAAGUAUUCAAUUUAUUGUCUGUAGGAAGUUAGUCAAUUGCAUAUGCACUUGCAUAUUUGGGUUUAUAAAUCAAUAUAAUAUUAAGUGAAACCCACAGACAUCAUGACAGGGAACAAUUAGUUUGGGAUUUUAUAAUCAGUAGAAGGUGGGUUUUUUGUAUAAUAGUAUGUUAAUAUAUAUUUUGCUCAACCUUUAUAAAUAGAUUCUUGGAAAGGAAUUCAUUGCAUAACAAAAGCCAAACGUAAUUCCUCAUACGUGUACUUAGACUCAAUAAAAGCAGCCUGAUUUUAUAACAAAAAUCAGGAUGAGGUAGCUUCCUAAAUGCUAAUUUAAACUUAAUUGUAAGUAAUGAAAGAAUUUUUUAAAAAAUUGAACAAACACUACAAAAAAAUGUACCAUGCUAAUUAAAGACACUCCUGCUUAAUAAAUUACUUAACAGGGUCUAACUGAUAUGAAUUAGAAAUAGUAACAUAGAAAUUGUGACUAAAAUAAUAAUUAAAACUGAUACUUGUUGAGAACUUAUAAGUGUCAGGUUGAGUGCUCAGUGUUACAUGCAUUGGAUAUUACCUAUUCUUAUUUCCAUUUUAGAUUAGUAAGAUAGGUUACUAGAUACUAAAUAAUUUUUUAACAGUCACACUCUUGUAAGUUUCAAAGCCAUAAUUUAUUUCCAGGUCUUUCUGACUACAGCAUCCAUUGACUGAAUUAUUAAGUUAUGUUAUCUGGAUUUUUUUAUAAGUAAUUUUUAUAAGUAAUUACCAUCACUUAUACAACUAAAAUGACCUUUACUAACUUUGACACCUAUAGGAUCUUUCUGGAAGUUUGAAUUAACAGUGUUCUUCCAUAAAUUACUUAUAUUUGUUUAUUAUUUUGUGGGUUCAUAUCUUAGCCAUUAAGUCAAUUAUUGAUUACUUUUACAAACUAAGUAUUUUUUAGUCUUUUUCUGUUGUUUUAUUUUCAAUAUUGUCUAGGUUAUAUAUAAGUUUAGUGUAUCAUGUAACAUUUUCCAAUACAUGAAGUAUUUCCUCAAUUUUUAAUGUCUUCUCAGAACUCCUCAACCAUUCAAAAUAACGACCAUUUGGUAACACUUUUCAUAAGUAAAUGUAAGUCACCAAAUAAUGUAAUUUAGUGUAGGAGAUUGUUGUACAUGCCAACAUUACUCUUUCCCCAUCUUUAAAAUACUCUAUCUUUAACCAUUACUGGAUUUCAAAAUUAUCAUAAAUAUAGGUGAAUCUCUCUUUUCUAAUAAAACAUUUUAAUUUUAAUACAAGCAUUAUAAUGGUGUUAAAAUAUUUCUGUGGAAUCUGAGUAGGAUAUUAUUAGUCAUGAACUUCUUUAUUCCUCCCUAAUUUAUUGCUUUUCAUUGUUUCAACCAAAAAUAUAUUGUCAAAUGUAGAAUAACUUAAAAAAAAAAAGUAUUCUACCAUGAGACACUUGUUUAAAGCUCUAAGAAAUUUAGAACCAGGCCUUAAGAUUAUUCUACUGCGAAGUGAGCACUAGACUCUACCCCGCCCAUUUUACUGUACUAGGGAUCUCAUCUUACAUACACCAUUCAUUCCUAAGUACACUUAGAGCACUGUCUGACAUAAUUCAGCUGCAGAGAUGAAUAACCAAGGAGUAACCUAUGCAGAACUGAAGGUAGCCAAGAACUCAAAGAGGCAGCAAAUGAAACCUAAGGGCACUAAAAGUUCCAUUUCAAUAACUGAGCAGGAAAUAACCUAUGCAGAAUUAAAUCUUCAAAAUGCUUCUCAGAAUCUUCGAGAGAAUGACAAGAACUACCACUGCAAAGAUUUACCAUCACCUCCAGAGAAGCUCAUUGCUGGGGUUCUGGGAAUCAUCUGCCUUGUUUUGAUGUCCAGUGUGGUAACAAUGAUAGUUUUUACUGCCUCUACUGCAAUACAGGAGCAGAAUAACUCCUCUCCGAUAAAAAGGCUCCAGAAAGAAUGUCAUUCUGGUCAUUGUCCAAAAAAGUGGUUUACAUAUUCCAACAAUUGCUAUUGUAUUCAUUUGGAAAACAAAACAUGGAAUGAGAGUGUGACGGCCUGUGCUGCUAAGAACUCUACUCUGCUUUAUAUAGAUAAUGAAGAAGAAAUGAAAUUCCUGAUGUCCCUAUCAAUUAUAUCAUGGAUUUCAGUCUUUCGUAAAGGCCGUGAUCAUCCAUGGAUGUGGCUAAAUGGUUCAACUUACAAACUACAUAUAACAGACUCAUCACCUGAUAAACAUAACUGUGCUCUGCUAUAUUCACAUGGCAUUAAAUCAGACAGUUGUGAGCUUCCACAUACAUAUAAUUGCAAGGAUCAGCUUGAGAAAAUGUGAGUUUGGAUGCUGUUGAGUAACUUUAACUUUUAUGAAAUGGAAAUAAUAUUAUGAUUGUAUAAAUUUUAAAAUGAAUUAUAUUGAAAUAUAAUAUGCACACCAAAAAGUAUAGAUAUCGUUACUUUUGUGUCUGGCUUUUUUUACUCUACAUUAUUUUUAUGGCCUUCAACCUUUGUAAAAGAUCGCAUGUUGUGUGAGUCCAUUUAUAUGAAAUAUCAAGAAGAGGGAAACCUAUUCUAGAGGCAGAGAGUGGAUUGUUGGUUACCAAGGGCUGAGCAGAGGUAGGAUUGGAAAAUGACUGCUGAUGGUUACUAUGUUUCUUCUGGGGGCGAUGAAAACGUCUAGAGUUUGUUACUAUUGAUGGUUGUAAACUCUGUGAAUAUACUAAAGAAAAAAAAUCACUGAUUUAUACACUUUAAGUGGAUACAUUUUAUGCCAUGUAAAUUACACCUCAAUAAAGCUGUUUUUAACAAAAAUCCUGGAAUUAUGUUUGGGAUUGCAUUUAAUCUUCAAAGUAAUUUGUAAAGAUAGUCAUCUUUACAAUAUUGGCUCUUCCAGUCAAUAUCAUGCUUUAUCUCUCUAUGAAUUAGGUUUUCUUUAAAUUCUCCCUAUUAUAUUUUGUAUUUUUCUAUAUUGAGUUCUUAAAGAUACAUUGGUAUUUCACUCUCAUGCUUUUGUAAAUGACAUCCUCAUUUGAAAAUUUUUAGUAAGUUUUGCUGCUGUAAACAGUAAUACAAUGAGGUUUACAUAUUGGUCUUACAGCCAAUGAUUUCUCUGACUUUAUGUAUUAAUUCUGUCAUUUCAAAUAUAUAGUCUUCUGGAUUUUUAUAUAACAGCUCUUGCAUUUGUAAAUAAUCAUACUUCAUUUCUUCUUUCCAGAUGCAAUUUUUUUUCUUGACUUAUUUUUAUAGGCUAGGAUUUUAUUUUCAAUGUCGAAUAGAAGGUACAGUAAAGGUUCUAUAUGUAUCCUUUUCUAUUUUCGAGGAAAAGAUUUC